AUGGGCCGUCGUUCUGGUCGCGCCGCAGCGCGACGUGCAGCUGCCGCCCUGGAGAGCACGCCCAAGACGUACGAACCCAUGGAUGACGAAGACGAGAACAUGGCGGACGCCGCCCCGGAUCCCGUCCCCGAGCCCGAUGACGACGAUGACGAGGAGGCGCAGGAUGCAGGGCAGGAUGAGGGCGACGCCGACAAGGAGGAGUCGGCAGCCGAGGAGGACGAGGACGAGGAGCAGCCUGCCGGCUCGGAGGCCGAGUCGGCCAAGUCGCCGUCCCCCGUGCCAGUGACGGUCGUGCGCCGGAAGCGCCUGGGCCGCCCACCAAAGAACCGGCCGCCGGACUGGGACAACACGCAGCAGAUCGACAAGGAGGGCAACAUGAUGGACAUCAUCAAUGACGAGGUCGCGCUGCCCGAGGACCCCGAGGGCGAGACAAAGGUGGACAAGAACGGGAACCUGCUGGGCGGGCGCGAGUACCGCUGCCGCACCUUCACGGUCCUGGGCAAGGGGGACCGCCUGUACAUGCUGUCGACGGAGCCGGCCCGCUGCGUCGGCUUCCGGGACUCGUACCUCUUCUUCACCAAGCACCUGCGCCUGACAAAGGUUAUCGUCGACGACGAGGAGAAACGCGACAUGAUCGAGCGCGACAUCAUCCCGCACAGCUACAAGGGCCGCUCCAUCGGCAUCGUGACGGCCCGCUCCGUCUUCCGCGAGUUCGGCGCCUUCAUCAUCGUCGGCGGCCGCCGCGUCGCCGACGACUACGAGGUGGCCAGGGCGUGCGCCGACGGCGUCGCCGAGGGCGAGCUGGCCGACCCCAACGACCACUUCGUCGAGGGCGAGCCCUACAACAAGAACCAGUACGUGGCCUGGCACGGCGCCUCGGCCGUGUACCACUCGGCCGCCCCCGUCGUGCCGCAGCAGGCGGGCAUAUUCGUCGCGCCCAAGAAGCGCCGCGUCGCAGUCAACGACACCAACUGGAUGCUGGAGCACGCCCGCGAAGCCAGCAACUUCAACGCCAUUCUCACCAGCAUGCGCAAGGCCAACCUUGCGGGGGUCUACGACGUGCACACAAACGUGAUGCAGUACCCAGCCAUAAUGCAGCCCACCCACGCCCGCGUGGAGCACGUGCCGCUGGAGCCGGCAGCGCCGGCCGAGCCCCUCGACACCCAUGACGACGACCCCCCGCCGGCGACCCUCUUCAAGCCGCUGCCGCCCAACAUCCCGCGUAACUUUCGGGUGGUGGACGUGGCGCUCGAGACGCCGCCCGGCGGCGUGGCGCCGGUGUCGUACGACCUGCGGCCCAACGAGGUGGGCGGCGGCGGCGACUCGCCCGACUUCCUCUCGCCCUUCAGGGGCCUUGCGGCCGUGCCCGACGACGUCAGGGACCUGCUCCCCGCCGAGUGCAGGGCCGCCUUCGACGAGGCCGUGGCGAGGGAGAAGGGGUGGCACGCCAGGUGGGGGCCCGAAAGGGAGGUUGCCUGCCGCAGGAACCCAGUCAUCGACAAGGCGAUUGUCCCGUCUACUAAACUGCUGUGA